AUGGGCGUGGUGUUUCGGGCGCAAGUCGAUCCUGAUUGGCUGCAAGGGGUGUGGGCGUGGUUUUUCGGGCGCAAGCAGUUCCUGAUUGGCUGCAAGGGCCCCUCCCCCACCCCUCCGAUGCCCCUCCCCCCCACGCCCCCUCCCCCACGCCGCCCCUCUCGUCCAAUCAGCCGCGUCUCCGGCCGGGCCCCUCCCCCACCCUGGGCCGAGGGGGCGGGGGAGGGGCUGGAGGAGGCCACGCCCCCCUCCUGGGGCCCCUCCCCCACCCUGGGGAGCUUCGAGAUCGUUCGGAGCCUCGGGAGGGGCUCGAGGGGGGAGGUGCUGGAGGUGCGCCGCCUCUCGGACGGUUCCCGCUUCGCCCUCAAGCGCUCGCUCCGCCCCCUCUCGGGCCCCGCCCAGCGCCGCCAUUGGCUGCGGGAGUGCCACGCCCAGCGGGGGGCGGGGCCAGCCCCGGGGCUCCUCCCCCUGCUGGCGGCCUGGGAGCAGCGCGGCCGCUUCCACCUGCUGACCCCGCUGUGUCCGGCCGGCAGCCUCGGCCACCUCUGGCGCCGGGGGGCCCGAAGGGGCGGGGCUUCCCCGUUAAGGGGCGUGGCUUCCGUUCUGAGGGGCGUGGCCUCGCCGGUAGUGGGCGCGGUUUCGUUUUUGUGGGGCGUGGUUUCGCGGUUUUGGAGGGAAACUGCGAAAAGGGGCGGGGCUUUGUCCGCUAGGGGAGUGGCGUCAUAUCACAGGGGCGUGGCCUCGGUUUUGAGGGGCGUGGCCUCCUUUUUGAGGGGCGUGGCUUUGUUACCUGGAAGGAUUGCAUCAUCCCCUGGAGGCGUGCCUUCCACUUCAGGGGGCGUGGCUUCCUCUGCAGGGGGCGUGGCCUCAACUUCUAGGGGCGUGUCUUCUGCUUUUAAGGGCGUGCCUGUUGCUUUUAGGGGCGUGGCGUCACUUUUUAUGGGCGUGGCCUCCUCUUUGAGGGGCGUGGCCUCCUUUUUGACGGGCAGGACGACGUCACCCCUUCCCGCUCCCUCCCCAUUGGCCGACGCGCCCGAAGGGGGCGUGGCCACCCAAAACACCUUCCCAUUGGCCGCGCGAGCGGAAGUGGGCGUGUCCUCACCCCGCGACCUCUCCCCAUCGCCCAAUCAGCGCCGAGUGGGCGUGGCCGAGCCCAAAACGGGCGUGUCCAACCCCGAAUCCGCCAUUUUUGAGCCCGCGGCCGCGUCCGGCCCAACGGCGGCGUCCGAGCCGCCCGACGGCCGCCCGAUGGCCGAGUGGCGGCUCCGCGGCUACCUGUGGGACGUCCUGGUGGCCCUGAGCCACCUCCACGCGCGGCCGCUGGCCCACGGCGACGUCAAACCCGACAACGUCCUGCUGGACGCCGCCGGCCGCUGCCGAUUGGCCGAUUUCGGGCUGGCCACGCCCCUUUUUGGGCGGGGCGGGGGAGGGGAAAUGGGGGGAGGGGGAGGGGGGGACCCCCGGUACGUGGCCCCCGAGGGGUUGGCGGGGGAGGGGGGGACCCCCGGGGAUAUUUUCAGCCUGGGCUUGACCGUGGCCGAAUUGGCCGGAGAGCGGCGGCUGCCGGGGGCGGGGGAGGGGUGGAGGAGGAUCCGGAGCGGGGGAGGGGGGGCGGCUGCCCCCGGGAAGUGGGGGGGGGAUGGGGAGGUUCACCCUCACCCCUCCCCCACCCCCCCCCCCCCCCCCUCAGGGCUCUCCCCCGAGCUCCAGGCCGUGCUGGCGGCCAUGUUGGAUCCGGACCCGCGGCUCCGCCCCUCGGCCCCGGAGCUGCUGGGGGGGGAGGUGCUGAGGGGGGCGGGGCGCUGGCGACCCCUGACCCGCCUGGCCGACCUGGGGCUGAGGCUGCUCGAGGAUUGGCUGGAGGAAGUUCCCGCCGCCGUUUCCGGUUUCCGGUUCCGGUUCCGGGGUUGGGUUUGGGGUCCCCGGACCCCGCCCCGCCCCCCCCGCGCCGACCCCUGGGCCCUGCGAGGGGAGGAGGAGGAG